UUGCUGGGAGGGUGGGCUGCCCCAACUCCAGAGGGACAGAGCUCCCAAGCCAGGGACAUUUCUGGACCUUGCCCUCUGUGCCUCCUCAUCUGGCUGUUCAUUUGUAUCCUUUAUAAUAAACCAGUAACAUUAAGACAGAAAGCAAAGAUGCUUUUUACUUCGCUGGGAUGUUUCGUAUCACCAACAUUGAGUUUCUUCCUGAAUAUCGACAGAAAGAGUCCCGGGAAUUUCUUUCAGUGGCACGGACCGUGCAGCAAGUGGUCAACCUGGUUUAUACAACAUCUGCCUUCUCCAAAUUUUAUAAGCAGUCUGUCGUUGCAGAUGUCAGCAACAACAAAGGCGGUCUCCUUGUCCACUUUUGGAUUGUGUUUGUCAUGCCACAUGCCAAGGGCCACAUCUUCUGUGAGGACUGUGUGGCGGCCAUCUUGAAAGACUCCAUCCAGACAAGCAUCAUAAACCGGACCUCUGUGGGCAGCUUGCAGGGUCUGGCUGUGGACAUGGACUCUGUGGUACUAAAUGACAAAGGCUGCUCUCAGUACGUCUAUGCAGAUCAUCUGACCUUCCGCUACCCUCUGGAGAUUUCGGCAACCUCGGGGAGGCUGAUGUGUCACUUCAAGCUGGUGGCCAUCGUGGGCUAUCUCAUUCGGCUCUCAAUUGAGUCCAUCCAAAUCGAAGCUGACAACUGUGUCACCGACUCCCUGACCAUUUAUGACUCCCUCUUGCCAAUCAGAAGCAGCAUCUUAUACAGGAUUUGUGAACCCACAAGAACAUUAAUGUCAUUUGUUUCUACAAAUAAUCUCAUGUUGGUGACAUUGAAGUCUCCUCGUAUACAGAAGCUAUCAGGAAUCCGGGCGUAUUUUGAGGUCAUUCCGGAACAAAAGUGUGAAAACACAGUAUUGGUCAAAGAAACCACUGGCUUUGAAGGGAAAAUUUCAAGUCCGUAUUACCCAAGUUACUAUCCUCCAAAGUGCAAGUGUACCUGGAGAUUUCAGACUUCCCUAUCAAGUCUUGGCAUAGCUCUGAAAUUCCAUAACUAUUCAAUAACCAAGAAGAGCGAGAAAGGCUGUGAGCAUGGAUGGUGGGAGAUUAAUGAGCACAUGUACUGUGGUUCCUACAUGGAUCACCAGACCAUUUUCCGAGUGCCCAGCCCUCUGGUUCACGUUCAGCUCCAGUGCAGUUCAAGGCUUUCGGACAAGCCGCUUUUGGUAGAAUAUGGCAGUUACAACAUCAGUCAACCCUGCCCUGUUGGAUCUUUCAGAUGCUCCUCCGGUUUGUGUGUCCCUCAGGCCCAGCGCUGUGAUGGCGUAAAUGACUGCUUUGAUGAGAGUGAUGAACUUUUCUGUGUGAGCCCAAAGCCUGCCUGCAAUGCUAGCUCCUUCAGACAGCAUGGCCCUCUGGUCUGCGAUGGCUUCAGGGACUGCGAGAAUGGCCAGGAUGAGCAGAACUGCACUCAAAGUAUUCCAUGCAGCAACAGAACUUUUAAGUGUGGCAAUGAUGUCUGCUUUAGGAAACAAAAUGCAAAAUGUGAUGGGACAGUGGAUUGCCCGGACAGAAGUGAUGAAGAAGGCUGCAGCUGCAGCAGGAGUUCCUCUAGCCUUCACCGCAUCGUAGGGGGCACAGACACCCUGGAGGGGGCUUGGCCGUGGCAAGUCAGCCUCCACUUUGUUGGAUCUGCCUACUGCGGAGCCUCCGUCAUCUCCAGGGAGUGGCUUCUUUCUGCAGCCCACUGUUUCCAUGGAAACAGGCUGUCAGACCCCACCCCAUGGACUGCCCACCUCGGGAUGCAUGUGCAGGGAAAUGCCAAGUUUGUCUCCCCAGUGAGAAGAAUUGUGGUCCACGAGUACUAUAACAGUCAGACCUUUGACUAUGACAUUGCUCUGCUGCAGCUCAGUGUCGCCUGGCCCGAGGCCCUGAAACAGCUCAUUCAGCCAAUAUGCAUCCCUCCUGCUGGCCAGAAAGUGCACAGUGGGGAGAAGUGCUGGGUCACUGGCUGGGGGCGAAGGCAUGAAGCAGAUAAUAAAGGCUCCCCUGUCCUGCAGCAAGCAGAGGUGGAGCUCAUUGAUCAAACCCUCUGUGUCUCCACCUAUGGGAUCAUCACUUCACGGAUGCUGUGUGCAGGUGUAAUAUCAGGCAAGAGAGAUGCCUGCAAAGGAGAUUCAGGUGGACCUUUAUCUUGUCGAAGAAAAAGUGAUGGAAAAUGGAUUUUGACUGGCAUUGUUAGCUGGGGCCAUGGAUGUGGAAGACCAAAUUUUCCUGGUGUUUACACAAGGGUGUCAAACUUUGUUCCCUGGAUUCAUAAAUAUGUCCCUUCUCUUCUGUAAUUAUACCACCUGGUUUUUAAACUGUGAUUUGUUAAAAAUAGAUUCUUUAUAAACAAUGCAAUGAAUU